AUGAUGGACGAAGAUGCCACCUUUCAAGUGCCACAGGCUCAGUGGCAGCUCCAACAGGCAUUGAACAAUGGGGAAAGGAUGGACGAUGAGCCGGAACGGAUGGAUGAAGAUGAAGGAAGGGAAUGGCCCUACGAUGAGCGUGCUACUGCCAGAAGUAAUUCUUCCAGCCCAACCGGUGGUGCCUGGCAUGCCAUUACCAGUUUCUGGGGAGGAGGUUUUCAGCAGCAGCCCCAAUCUGGAAGAAGUAGCCCUCAUAACAAUGGCGAGAGGGUAGAUAUGGGUGAUGAUUGCCGUGAAGAAGAAGUGGUCAUGGAACGCGAGGGCUGUGAUCCCUAUGACUCUCGCAUUCAUGAACCACUAAAGCGCGGGCAAGAGGAUGGAGAACAAGCCAACAAGAGACGCCGUUUGGAGGAUGCCAGUAUCGCCUUUUACCAGGCUACCCCCGGGCUUUCCGAACGCCAACAGGCCAUUUUGGAAUACUCAGCACCUUCUACCGUUACUCCCUUGUUCUACUUUAUCGGAUACACUCCCUUUGCCAUUACGUGGGGUAUGGUCUUGUACACGGGUCACUCCUUGCAGACGGCGAUUUCUACCUUUGGACCCGAGACUGAAAACUUGCGCUGGAAGGCAUGGAUCCCACCUCUUAUCCACCAUUUGAUCGAUACCUACGUGUGGAAUCAUUCCUUGAUUACCAUGAUGCUCUUGUACCCAGAGUGGUUUGGUUCUACGGCUUACUGGUGUGCCGUCUCUUUCAUCACGUGUUCGCAGUGCUUGUACUUGUGCGUCUCCCUCAAGACGCACUACAUCAAGCACAAGCACAAGUUGAAAACAAACUCCUACCGACAAAUUGAGCUACGGUUCAUCGACUGCUUCUUGCUCUACUUGUUGGCCGUCAUCAACUUUAUUCUGGCCCGACUUCUUGGAUACCCGAUCCUCUUGUACAUUGGAUUGAUCGAAUUCAAUGUAGCCCCACUUUACAUUGUGUGGGCAUACAAGAAACGGUUUGAUGCUGCCCUCAAACCAGUAAACCAAUGGGAUGGACAGAAGGACGACAAAGAGGACACCAAGAAGAACGACCACACCAAGAAGGACAAAUAA